AUGCAACACAUUGGUGUGUACAUCUCUGUAGUCUUACAGUGGACCACAACCGUCUUCUCAGUCUUCAACGGUUCCGAGGAAAGGCCCAACCGUGUGGAACGCUUGGAGGACCACCGAGCGGCACAAGAAGUUUUGCUGAAGGCCCAGGACGAUGCCCCCGAAGUGGGGAUGGUGCGUACUGAGCUGGUGGAGGCGGGCAAGGUGGUUGGCCUUGACGCGAAUACGGCGCUCUACGAUGCUUCAGAGGGACUUGAAGGGGAGUUGUCCGUCUCCACGUGCCACUUUGGCGCUGUGGGGGUGAAUAAGAAGUCGUUAGCCAAAGCAAAAGGGUCUUUGCCUACACGGUUCUGA